UUCUCAUACUAUGCCAAGAUUUCAACUUCUGUUUCGUUUCACCAUCCUUGCUGCAACCAUAACCUUCUUCAAUGUAGCUUCAGCUCACGUGAAAAUUAAACCUGUUUUACCGCAGAUUCAAGAUCCAAUGACUGUGAAAGAUGUCGAGUCUUAUACCAUUAAAGUUGUGACAAAUUUCCUAGCAGACCUCGAGAAGGAAUGUCCUAAAACAGAGAAGUUUAAGGCCUUCUUCGAAAAACUUAAGGCGUAUUCCAAAUAUGUGUGCCCGGUCUCUAAAGCGAGAGGCUACGAAUCUGACAUGAAGGCCAAAGCUGGUAGCCUUUUUGAGGCAAUCUCAGCUCUCAGUUCUGUUGAAAACAGAUCUAGAGGAGGUCGGGUGAAUAUGAGUCUACAACGGGAAAAAACGGAAGCCAUGAACACCGUUAAAUUACUGCAAUCCAUUGGUGAGAAGAUUUCAAGUGGGCGGAAUAACAAACCAGAGAAACUAACUGUCGAACAACAGAAAGAAAUCAAAGAUGGGAUCUUAAAAUGGAUUCAAGUAAUUACUCGAAUCGCAAAGACAGGCGAAGAAAUCAACUCUAAAGCUUCAUCAAAAUCUCAAACAAGGCAAGAUAGCAAAGGAGAGGAGGAAUCUUCAACACAAACACAAACACAUACCAAAAGAAGAAGUCAGAGAGAAAAGGCUCAAAUCACAGCGUUACCGAGAGGUAGUCGCGUGACUAAGGUAGGACGUAACAAUGAUAUCUCUAAAAGAAGAAAACCAAAGAGGUAUACAAACAUCAGAGAGCGACAACAAUAAUACCUAAUCGGUUAGAGAAGUGGAGGCUAAAUUAUAAGGAGUUUUUACGAUACAAUUUUGAUAGGAAUGGUGUAAAUGAGAACGUCAAGUCUCUUUUUUUCAUUUAAUGCACGUAUAUAAGUUAAGUAAAUU